UGGGCAAAACCCAGAGCUGAAUUACAUGGUCCUCAUGCACAACGGCAGCUUCAACUCCACCCGGCCCUUCCAGGUGACCCUGACGUGCAGUUUGAUAAUCCUCAAGUUCCCCUUCGACACCCAGAUGUGCAACUUGAGUGUAGCUUCAUUCCUCUACCCAGUAACAGACUUUGUCAUGAAGACGAGACGGACACCAGCUGAGAUCAUGAAAGACAGCCAGAGUUUCCUCCUAACUGAUGGAGAAUGGAAGUUCACCAACCUGAGCAUCAUUGAAUACACGGAAAUCCUGGAUGACAAAGGAUAUUCUGUGGUCACCUAUGUGAUUUCCAUGGAGAGACGACCCACUCUCUAUAUUCUGAACCUGAUCCUCCCAACAUGUGCCCUAUACUUGCUGGACAUGGCUGUGUUGUUUGGUCCCAGCUCUCUCGAGGAGAAAAUCAACUUCCAGAUUGCCAUCAUCCUUGGCAGCUCCAUGCUGGCUGUGAUUCUCAACAACAGCCUCCCUACUUCCUCCAACAAACCACCUAUAAUAGUGGUGUUCUUCCUGGGAACCUUCCUGCUCAUGAUCAUGGCUGUGUUAGACACCUUCUUCCUGUUGUACCAGCAGCGCAAAUCCCUGGGCUUAGACAAGGUCCUCAGAAGCUUCCAGCAAGGUAAAACACUUUAACAGAGUAGGUUUGGGGCAUU